UAAAUAUAACUUGGUGGGUUUGUUUAUUUGUUUCGGAUUGUGAUCCGUCCACACAAGUUUAAUGGAAGUCGUAUACAUUCAUUGUCUAUGAACAGCGAAGAGCAAGUUAAUUAAAAUGGCUAAUCUACAGGAAGUUCCCACCGACGACCUGCUCUCGUUCCAGGAUUAUCCCACAGUACAUACUAUCAGUGAUACAACCACUCCCGUACCAAUUUCUCAAAUAGACGUGGCAGGUAAUCUGAAGCCGACCCAAGAAAACAUGCAGCAAUUUUCAAAUAUCAGUCACAGCCAUGCGGACGGUCCUAUGGAACAGAAGGCAGAAGAAAUUCCAGAGACGGUCUCUUUUUGGAAUAUGCGAUAUUACCAGAAGUUCUUCGAUGUGGACACCAGCGACGUAUUGGAGCGCAUACUGGCGUCCAUCACACCCAAAUGGGACAACUCUUUAAAGCAUCACUUGAGAACAAAACCCGAUUUGUACGGUCCGUUUUGGAUAUCUGUCACUCUAAUAUUUACGUUAGCGAUCAGCGGGAACGUGGUCAGCUAUUUGCACCACCGCGGUCCCAAUUUCCAUUGGAAAUACAACUUUCACUUAGUAUCCUACGCUGCAACCACCAUCUGCUUGUACGUGACAGUGAUCCCGUCGACCCUCUGGGGUUUAUUGAAAUAUACCACCGAGGUUGUCGAUAUCGAGGGUUUGGGGGACACGGUGACGCCCGGCAUGUUGGAACUUAUUUGUAUAUACGGAUACUCCCUGUUUAUAUUCGUUCCCGCCAGUGUUCUGUGGUCGAUCCAGAUAGACUUGUUGCAGUGGCUGGUGGCCUUAAUCGCAGCCUUUAUUUCCGGUUCGGUGUUGCUGUUAACUCUGAUGCCGGCUUUGAGACUGUCGAAACGUAAAUUUUUGCUAGUGUUGGGUAUAAUAGCUUGCCACGUGGCUCUGACCGCUGGAUUUAUGUUGUACUUUUUCCACGAUGGAAAUUCUAGGGCGCCGGUACCCGAUAGGCCCGCUCCCAUAGAAGCGGCCCCCAUAAAGCAGAACGUUACUACUGUUAAUGGUGUUGCUGUGUAAAAUUGUUUAAUAAAUCUUUUAUUU